AUGAUGCUCAAAUCAACCAACGGUGCCGUGCUGCUCGGAGCUGUUGUGACCUUGCUGACUUGUGUACUGCUACAUGUUGCUGAGGCAGGAGUGGUGGAGGACUUCAACCAUGUGGAACGCUGCAAGGACUCCCUGUACAUGGGAACUCCGCCACGAGGCUACCUGAGUAAGUCAUUAAAGAAAAUUUGCCAGCGCUACGAGGACAAGCCACGCUAUGCCACCCUCUACGACUCCUACAAACACAUCCCCAUCUACUCGGCUUAUACCUUCAAAAAGUCGGACGGGGAGAAGAAGGUGGACUUCCCUUGGAUGUUUGAGCCUCAGCUCUCCUCAGAGAAGGGCAGCAAUAACAUGGAGCCCUUUCCUCAGUCUGCUCAGAUGCACAUGAACUUUGAGGACACCCAGGCAGUUUUGGAAGACUACGCUGAUGUGGUUCAAUAUGAACGGGGUCAUCUAAAUCCUGAUGAGCACCAAGCUGACCCAUUAGACAAGGCCUCUACCUACACCCUAACUAAUGUGGUGCCUCAGAUCAGAGAGUUCAACAUAGGUCCCUGGGCCGAAUUCAAGGAGAUUAUCCGUAAACGCCUAAACAACUACUGCAGGGGCAGGGCCUUUGUAAUUACUGGAGCGACCACCUCUGGGACCAUGAUUCGCCGAGACAACCUGGACCGGGUUGCCAUACCGGAGUACAUGUGGUCCGCCUAUUGUUGUACUGAGUUUGACCAAAAUGCACCUUAUUUUGUUCGUUACAAGUUCCCCGUGUUUGGAGCAUAUGGGCUCAAUGAUCGAGUAAACAACCACAUCGUAGAGGUUCCUCUCAAAAACCUUGAGAAGUUCCUCAAGGGGAGGAUGGAGGUGGACAAAAAUUUCCAGAUCUUCUACAAUGACUGUGUACCAGAUAUUUGA